GGAAGCGGGUGUGGGAAACCGGAAGUGGGCUCAGGGCAGCGCCAUGGCGACGUUCCGGGAGCUGGGGCUGGCGCCGUGGCUGGCGGAGCAGGCCCGGCAGGUGGGGCUGAGCCGGCCCACGGCCGUGCAGGCGGCCUGCAUCCCGCCAGUGCUGCAGGGCCGCGACUGCCUGGGCUGCGCCAAGACGGGCAGUGGCAAGACUGCAGCCUUCGUGCUGCCCGUGCUGCAGCAGCUCUCCGAGGACCCCUACGGCAUCUUCUGCCUCGUGCUGACACCCACCAGGGAGCUGGCGUACCAGAUCGCUGAGCAAUUCCGCGUGCUGGGGAAGCCGCUCGGCCUCAAGGACUGCGUGGUGGUGGGCGGCCUCGACAUGGUGGCCCAGGCCCUGGAGCUCUCCCGCAAACCCCACGUGGUCAUCGCCACGCCCGGCCGGCUGGCCGAUCACCUCCGCAGCUCCAACACGUUCAGCCUGAAAAAGCUGAAGUUCUUGGUUCUGGAUGAAGCCGACCGGUUGUUCGAGCAGGGCUGUGCUGACUUCACAGCCGACCUGGAGGUGAUCCUGGAGGCUGUUCCAGCACGCAGGCAGACGCUGCUGUUCAGCGCCACGCUGACCGCCACGCUGGCCGAGCUGAAGAACCUGGCCAUGAACAAACCCUUCUUCUGGGAGGCUGAGUCUGAGGUGCGGACGGUGGAGGAGCUGGACCAGCGUUACCUGCUCGUACCCGAAGCAGUCAAGGAUGCCUACCUCGUCCAUUUAAUCCAGACCUUCCAGGACGAGCACGAGGACUGGUCUGUUAUCAUCUUCACCAAAACCUGCAAGGAAUGCCAAAUCUUGAACAUGAUGCUUAGAAAGUUCAAGUUUCCUUCCGUAGCUCUGCAUUCCAUGAUGAAACAGCGGCAGCGGUUCGCAGCUUUAGCAAAGUUCAAGUCCAGCAUCUUUAAGAUUCUUAUCGCUACAGAUCUUGCUGCCAGAGGCUUGGACAUUCCCACAGUGCAAGUUGUCAUUAACCACAACACUCCAGGCCUGCCCAAAAUCUACAUUCACCGCGUCGGCCGGACAGCUCGUGCAGGUCGGAACGGAAUGGCCAUUACAAUGGUGACACAGUAUGACAUCCAUCUCGUACACGCUAUCGAGGAGGAAAUCAAAAUGAAGCUGCAGGAGUUCUCUGUGGAGGAGCGGUUUGUGCUCGACAUCCUCACCCACGUGAACGUCACCAGGAGGGAGUGUGAAAUAGAACUGGAGUGCAUGGAUUUUGAUGAGAAGAAAGAAAUAAAUAAGCGGAAACAAAUGAUCCUUGAAGGGAAGGAUCCAGAUCUGGAGGCAAAAAGGAAAGCGGAGCUGGCCAAGAUCAAGAAGAAAAACAAGAAAUUCCGUGACAAGGUCCAGCAGACACUGCAGGAGCAAAAGCAGCUGCAGAUGAAGAGGAAACUGCAGAAGAGAAUGGAGCGGAAGAACAGACUGCAAGCUAAGGAGGAGAAAUAACAUCCUUUGGACUGACACGUUCCCGUUUGUGGGGAGCACGGGAGCUCUGCUGGCUGGCUCAGACUGCCCUAACGUUGCUGCUCCUUUCAGAAUACUGGGAUCUAAGGGUAUUUAAUAUGGACAAUUCUGACCCAAAAUCAGUGUUGGAGAGUAUGGGAAAGGGGGGUGAGGGGAGAAGGGACGCUUUGAUAAACUAUCCCUGUUACCAGGGCCUUUCCUGACAGGCUGGAUCUGUCUCCUGAAGAAUGUCUUUCAAGAGCAUGUUUCCUUCCUCCUGCAAAGGAGAGGCCAGGCCUGAAUUCUUGGUGACGUGAAGGGAAAUAAAAAUCCUCCCACUCUCCCCUUCAUUCAGUCGUUGCUCUUUCCCUUUCAAGGGCUGGUGCUUGCCACUCACACUUGUUUAUAUCAACAGAUUCUCCCCUGAGCCAGGGUCUAAAAAUAAUGUGACGAGAUGACUUCAGCCCCUGCCUGUGCCAUAGUCCAGGGUUUUCUGAGAGGAAAAUUCCUGGAACACAUGGGGAGGUUGUACUGCGGUCCUGGGACUACCUUGUGAUAAUUCUGCUUUGUUUGUUUAGUGGCACUCUUGCCUCUGAUUUUCUGCCUCAGCUCCAACUACAGCCCAGCUUAACCACGGGGAUAGCAAAGUCCUGGGGUUCUCUCAGUGACCUGGCCUGCUGGGGGCUUCUGUUUUUGCAGACAAUCAGUUAAAAGCUCUGUUUAGGUUUCAUCCUCAGUGCCUUCUUUAUUAUUCAGAGCUUCCUCUGCCUCGGGACUGCAGAACUGUUAUUUCUGUCCUCUGGCUUACAAAAAUAGUUCCUAUGGUCAGCACCCAAAUAAAUACUUUUGCAACAAGUGC